GAGCCAAGGGAAGGAGCAGGAGAAGCAAGUGUUUUGGGCCCUGGCGCCUCUGACGUCCAUGUCCUGGGCUAAUGUUGGAGACGACGACGAUGACGAUUACUAUGCUACCAUGGCGCCGCCCCAGGCUGUUUGGGGAGUAUCGGAGUAGCACCACAAUAAGAAGGUUGAGGAGACCAUAGAGGAGGAAAGUGAAAGUGAGGAUGAUGAUCUUGACAUGGGUGAUGAUGAUGAUGUUGAGGAACCUGAAAAUGAACCAAAGGCUAUUAGGAAAGAACCAACCAUUGAGAAACCUGCUCCUUUUUCAGCACCACCCAAAGAUGCUGAAAGGCAACUGUCAAAGAAGUAGCUUAAGAAAAAGGAAAUGGCAGAGCUGGAUGCACUUCUACAUGAAAUGGGCAUUGCAAAUAAAGAUAGUAAUACUGCAUAAAAUGAGACAGCUGCAACUGGAGCAAAGUAGUGAAGGGGAGAAGAAAGAAAGUGUUGGUGCUCCUUCAGAGAACAGAAUCUUAAAGAAGAAGAAAUCCAAGAAAGAAAAAUCAUCAAAGGAACAGGAGGAGCAUGAUCAAAAUCAACAGAAAGGAGACAUUGAAGCUGAAGUGGCAGAUGCAACUGCAGUUGACGUAAAGGAAAGGAUAAAGAAGGUGGCCUCCAUGAGGAAGAAGAAAUCAAGCAAAGAGAUGGAUGUCGAACAGUUGAAUAAAAGGGCUUCUUACUUGAUGUAA